GUACCACGACAAGCAGGAGGUGACCAGCAACUUCCUGGGGGCCAUGUGGCUCAUCUCCAUCACCUUCCUCUCCAUCGGCUACGGGGACAUGGUGCCGCACACCUACUGCGGGAAGGGGGUCUGUCUGCUCACCGGCAUCAUGGGCGCCGGCUGCACGGCUCUGGUCGUCGCCGUGGUUGCCAGAAAGCUAGAGCUCACCAAAGCGGAGAAACACGUGCACAACUUCAUGAUGGAUACGCAGCUAACGAAGCGGGUGAAAAAUGCUGCUGCCAACGUACUCAGGGAAACGUGGCUCAUCUACAAACACACCAAGCUGGUGAAGAAGAUCGACCAUGCCAAAGUUCGGAAACACCAGCGUAAGUUCCUCCAAGCCAUCCAUCAAGCUCAGAAGCUGAGGAGCGUGAAGAUGGAGCAGCGCAAGCUGAACGACCAGGCCAACACGCUGGUGGACCUGGCCAAGACCCAGAACAUCAUGUACGACAUGGUCUCGGAGCUGCAGGAACGCAACGAGGACCUGGAGAAGCGCAUCAGCGCGCUGGAGGGGAAGCUGGAGGCGCUGGGGCUGAGCCUGCUGGCGCUGCCGGCGCUCGUCAGCCAAGCCAUCGGGCAGCAGCAGCGCGAGCUGCUGGGGAGCUGGGCCCCCCGCCUCUGCCCCGCCACCGCCCCNGGUCCCCAUGUCCCUGCACUGCGGGUGGGGGCUGGCACCCCAUGCACCACGAGGGAUGUGGCACGGCGGCUGCGGCGUGGAGGGAAGCCCAUGGCACCCGGCCCCCCAGACCCCCCCCACGCCCAGCCCCAGCCCCGCUACCCCGGCCCCUAG